UGUAUCUGAUCCAUGUUUCAAUCAUUUUGGAGGCACUUGCACUGUUGGUGUACAGCAUCAGCCCUGGAGUGAGUCCAUUUCUAUAACCCAUGCUUCCCAAGUCUAGUAAGUAUUUUUCCAUUAUGAUUGAUAUUCUGUCUUAUCUACUUGAUACUGUCUAUAGUUUUAUGUUUGAUUAUCUCUGCCUUAAUUACUUUUAUGCAGUUUAUGGUUUUAUAUUUAGUCUCAUUUAUUCUUGACUAUAUUUUUAGCCAAUGUUUUAUUUUUUAGUUUCUGCAAGUCUAAUGCUUUUAGUGUAUGUCAUGAUACUCAUUUGUUGCAUUCUUUUGAGAAGGCAUGUGAUGGUAUUACAUGAGAAUAAUUUUGUUCUGUUUAACAAGGAAAGAUGUUAGAUUUUGGAUUGUAUCAUUUGGUCAUUGUUAUCUGCACCUGAUGUUUGUGUUUAGAUAAUUAGAUCUGGAAGUAGUUGCUAGUUUAUGGAAUAUGGAGAAAUAAACUUGUUUCUCAGCACUUGGAGCUGAGAAUGGAGUGCAACUCUGGAUUUUAGGAUAAACUCAUAAACAGGUACGAUUGCUGUGAAAAAUGUUGUAGGAUUGUUUUUUUCAGUUAUGGAUGAUUUAUAUGUAAAGAAGUGUGCAGUGUUGGGGUGUUAGCGAUAAAGCAGAGUGCAGUUUUAUGCAUUAGAGCAAAGUGCUGGUUGUGAUUGUCAGUGUAGGAAUGUGGGAUACCAAUAAAAUGGAAGGAAGUUGAAUGACAAUUUUUUUCUUUUUUUAAAUGCUAAGGUUCCCCAACUCCUAAGUUAUAUAAAUAGUAAAGCCUAGUUAAGUGGUAUUCUCCAACUGUUAGCAAGUAGUAAGCAACCUUAAUCAUUGUAUUUUUCCUCAUUGCCUUUGUAAUUAGGAUUUCUGUGAUAUAUUGGUUGGAAUUUGGAUACUGAACUGAGGCUGUGCAUUAUGAAGUACUUAACCUCUUUUCUUUAGCCUUCAUGCCUUCCAUGUUAUUUUUUUCUUUAUUUAGAUUUCUUUGUUGCUAACCCCAUUGAGAAUUAAGAUACUUUCAAUUAGCAUUGGCAUGUGGUUUGGUUGUACCCUUAUUCUUUGUUAGAUGUUCUUACCUUCUUUCUUUUUUUUUACCCCCAUAAGUUCCAUGUUUUUACUGAACUGAGUGAUUAGUAUGGUAUGACAUUCAA